CACUAACAAAACAAGCGCUGAAAGAAUUUAUACCGGAAAACUAAAAAAAAACUAAAUCUUAGCCGGCUUCGAAGUCGUUCAGACCGGAAUUUUACAUCUUAUGGUACUUGAAGUGGAUUUACAUACUUUCGCAAACAUCCCCUUGCAAGUGAAUGACCUCUUUCGAGACCAAGCGACGUACAGGCUUGUCCAAGCAUGUAUAUUUUACAAGGAGUAUAUUUUCAGCUUCAAUAUUUAAAGUAACAAGUUACUGCGUGAAGAGGCUAGGGGAAAAUUGGAAGACCACUUCAACCAAGAAAAGCUUUUUUGAGAAUUUCAAGUCUGCGCUUGUAAGAUUAAGGAUAUUGACAGAUCAAAGAUAGUCGGUAACCUUUGUAAACAGCAAUCUAUACACAAUAGGAUACGGCAGAUCUGAAAAUGUUUUUUUAAAUGGAAUGUGUUUACCUUGGCACAUAUUUUCACAGGGUGUAAUUUGACGGUAGUCACUUGUGGGAAGGACGGUCUCAUUCCAAUCAAUUUGGAGCUAUCUUAAAAUCUAGUGUCUUAAUUAACAAGUCCCGAGGAUUGACGCUGAAGUGCCCAUAGCCAGGAUCGUCGAUUAUAUUAGGUUUUGUAAUCUUUUGAUAAAUUCACAAAGCCCAAAACAAACGCUGAAACAUGCAUUUCAAGCAAGACCUUUUGACAGUGACUCUUAAUUAGGUCGCAUCAAACCUAAAUCGAGGAACAGUACUGGUCGAAGAACUCAUCUCUUUAAGCUCUGGCUCUCGGUAUUAGGAAUCAGUGGUUCAAGUUGGUCUGUUGACUUUUUAAUUUCAAUUUUAAUUUCAUUUGAUAAGCCUACGCUAUUUGCAUUAGCACUAGAACGUGAGCAAGAAAACAAAGAGACGGGGACUGAAGAUGCCUUGUGAAGUCAUUCCUUGCAUUGUAAAUAAUACAUGCAUAUUUGUGGAACCUAGAGGUAGCAAGCUUGGGAAUAGUAGUGCCAUGCACGAGACUAAAGCAAAGGUUGGACCGCAAAACAACAUGGUUUGGACACAAGAAGACCUCCGAGGGAGACUGUCAAUAGACAACGAUGGCUCAAGUUACGGAAGAGCGCAAGCUCCAGAAGGCCAUACAGAUAUGCUCGAGAAUAAUAUUACAUUUCAUGACAUUAACCACAGAAUUUCAUCCAGACCUUUUUCAUCGAUAGGACACUCUGGAGCUGAUAUUGAAGAAUGCGAGCAGGCAUCGAGUGGUCAUGUGGGAGAAACAAACAUUUCGUUCUCACGGUCUAGAAUCCCAAACUGUGAACCCCCCAGGCGAUACAGUUCAUCGUCGUGGCCAAGUGAGACCUUUAUGAGAGAAUAUUAUCGAUCUCGGGAGUUGUCUGCGCACAGAGCUAAUCGAAGAAGGCAGUCUGAAGGGUUCAUUCUCUCCCAGAACAAAGUUUUUGGCUUAGUUGGUUAUAGGAAUGAGUCAGAUGGGCAGCGAAGCGAAAACCACGACCCCAAUACRAAAGUAGUCAAGCGAGAAAGGGACUCAGGUAGUCAUAAAAUAUCGCAUAACAUAUCCUUAGCGUCAUUCAACAUCAUGAACUCGGUAGCGACGACAGCACUAGAUCGACCCGCAAAYUCGUAUUAUAGUCUUCCUAGAAGGCGAAGUCAACCUACUGUACCAAGCUUUGGAAAUGACACAACGAAUAAUGGGAAAGAGCAGAGAAAUUCACUACCAACGGAGGAUUAUUUGCGGCAGUAUCAUUUUGAUAGUGAUACAGAACUACAGUGGCAAAGACUCGUGGCUAGAGCGAAAACCCUGCAGUUAUCAUCACCAAAAAGACCGGAAAUCAUUUGCUCUCGAUUAACUGACAGCAACAAUGUACAAGUGUCACAGAAAGCGACAAAAUCAACAGGGGAUCUUGAAAGAGGUGCUGAUAACCUCGGCGGGAAAGAAAGGAAAAUUUACGAAGUUAAACCUCUUGAUAAAGAGAACAACAACUCUGUUCAACCUACUACAAUGAGAAGACGGCGAAGAAACGAAGAGAGACGAUAUUCUCUCAAAAUGGUACCUACUAGUUUGGAGAGCUUAAGUGAGAGGAAUACUAGUACUUGUGAUGAUAAAUUGUCAGAGAAGGAAAUGGAGCAGACUGCUGGAAGCCGUGACAAAAGGUUAAUUAGUCAGCAGAGGUGUAUGGUAAAUCCAAUCGAAGCUACAACUCGUAGACAUUCAGUAGCCGUUGUUAGACCAGUCCAACAAGUAAAUAGUGAAAAAAUUUCUGGGUACAGCACUCAUGGAGCGCUUGAAUACGCCAAAAUGCUGAUGGAAAAGAUCCAAGAGGCAGGGAAAACGAAAAGUAAGAAAGAACGCCUGGAAGAGAUGAGCAAAGUGCUGAAGAUAGUCCUUGAGGAACUUAACCGCAUUGAGAUGCCUGAUAGAGACUUGGUGAGUUUGUUUAUUAGUCUCAGAGCUAAGAUGGUCAAUUUGAGAACUGAGUUGAAAGUUGACGAGGGAAAGGAAAUGGAAACAGAAAAACAAACAAGUGAACAAAAAAUUCCCUCAAAUAGUUUGCCUUCAUUACCUGUCAGUCAUGAAGAACAUAUACCAGCUCAUCCAAGGCGAUUCAGUUGGAUAUAGGCAAUAACAACAAUAUCAAAUUUAUUAUAAAAAUAGUAUUAGAGAAUUGUUAAUGGAAAUAGCUUAAAGAAAAUAUAAGAAUGACAGACAAAAUUAUUAUCAUAAUGAAUUAACCCUCCUGAA